CUAAAAUUGGGUCGUUUCAAUGUCGGCUGAUAUUCUUUGUGACAGCGAUUCAGCACAGGAUUUCGGGCACUACAUUCCCUACCAUUUGGACUCAGAGCCGGGAUCGACUGUGGAUGUCUAUGUGGACAGGUUGUCUAUGUGGGAAAAGAUGGAAGUCUAUCUGAAGCUGAUCAGCGUGCCUCUUAUUAUCGUUGCGGUAACCGUGGUUGGGUUCUUGCUGUCUUUCUUUCGUGAGAUCAUCAUCCCGGUCCUCAUGGCACUUUUCUUGUUUCAAAUAUCCAAGCCCAUCGUGCUAAGACUUCAUCGUCCGAUCAUCCCCUACUUUACUUUUGAAGAGGAGCCUCUUCCAGAAGAAGAACAUUUGCUCCUAAAUCCGAAUGAAAGGAGACCAGGAGGAAAGAAACGUUUUAUUCUACACUGGGGAACUCCCUAUCGCCCCAUAUGCUCUCUGAUCACCCUCAUCCUACUGUUCGGUGGUUUGUUUCUCCUUAUCUACCCUGUAACUGUUUCUAUAAGUGAUUUUAUUUCACAUGAUUACAGCAUUUAUGUGGACAAUGCGCUCGAUCUUGUAGACACUGCCGAGGUCUGGUUCAACAAUACCCUAGGCCUCGAUAUCGAAGAUCUGAUUGACGAGAUGUCAAAGCAUAUUUCACUAAGCAAAAUUCUCGAUUCCCUGACAAAGAUUGUAUGGAAGUCGAUUGUAUACUGUGGUUUUACGAUCAUUAUUUACAUGUUUUUGCUUUUUGGCUCUAGCAUGCGUAAAUUCGACGAGUCUUCGAUUCGUUACAAAAUCGAAAACCAAGUACUCCAUUCUUGUGAGUUUUCAAAUACAAAGAUCACUCGGUACUUGCUCAUCAAGACUGUUCUAUCUUUCAUUGCAGGCGGCCUUGUUUUUUUGUUAUAUGGCCCCAUUCUACAUCUCCCCAUGUCUCUCAUUUUUGCUCUCAUCUUUUUCGUGUUGAACUAUAUCCCCCAUAUCGUACCCGUCCCUAUUUCAUACCUAUCUCGUUAG